AUGGAAGCUUCAGGUGAUGACAAACCGUUGAACGGGCUGGACUCCGACAAGCCACCUGCUGGGCCUCCGACAAGACGGCCACCUCCGGCGUACACCCCGCCAACCCCAGGAGCACCAAAGCCUUCUCCUCCUCCGUACCAGCCGCCUGCGUUCCAGCCGCCUGCGUACCAGCCGCCUGUGUACCAGCCGCCUGUAUACCAGCCGCCAAUUGUGAUUGGACCACCAGUUAUUGUCGGACCUCCUGUUGCAGUCGGACCUCCAUACGCAAUUCCUCAGGUUCCUACACCGUCUCCAGCACCACCGCGGCCAGCAACCAGGCGCCCGGGCCCUGCGUACACUCCUCCCCCCGGAGCUCCUCCCCCACCUUUCCCUCCUGCACCCCCACCGCCUCCUUACCAGCCACCUGUUGCGACGCCCGCACCGUGA